AUGUCGGGAGUGUUCGCGACGGCAGGCGCGGGCUCGGUGCGCGUGUGGUGCGUACAGAGCGCGCGCGAGCUGCUGCGCAUCGUCGUGCCCAACUUCACCUGCGCCGCCGUUCUCUUCUCCGGCGACGGCAAGUCCAUCGUCUCCGCGUGGAACGAUGGUAACAUCCGAGCUUUCACGCCUCUCACCGGCCGCCUGAUGUACUGCAUACUCAACACACACAACAAGGGCACCUCCGCACUCGACAUGACUUCCGAUGGGCGCACGCUCAUAUCCGGCGGUUGCGAAGGACAGGUGCGCGUGUGGGACAUAAAGCCCGAGACCCAGACCCUGAAGAAGGUGUUAAAGGAGCACAAGAGUCCGGUGUCUGCCAUUCAGGUGUCGCCCAACGACAUCGAGGCCGUCAGCGCUGGAACCGAUGGCUCCUGCAUUAUUUGGGAUUUGAUGUCACUGUCGCGGCGGCAGGUGCUGUACGCGAACACGCUGUUCAUGUGCGCGUGCUGGGAGCCGCGCGGCUGCCAGCUGCUGACCGCCGGCAGCGACCGCCGCGUCGCCUACUGGGAGGCCGCCACCGGAAACCUGGCGCGCGAGCUGUGGAAGUACCAGGAGGGCAUAUACACGCACGCGGGGCUGGGGCACGCGGGCGCGGUCACGUGCUGCCGCUUCAGCCCCGACGGGCGGCACAUCGUCAGCACCUGCGCCGCCGGGGGCAUCGUCGUUUGGAAGGUGCCCGAGCAAUAUAUCCAAAAAGAAAAACCGCCGUCAGCAGUCCGGAAAGUUGUGGAGUCUCCAAAGUCCUUGAAACAAGAGCUGCAUCUACCCCUUGAGAAGAAAACGUCACCGAAAACGUUGCAUGAGCGUCAGUACAAACUACCCGCUGCGCCGUCUAAGGUGGAGAAAAUAGAGGCUAUGAAUACUUCACGCAGCAGUGUUCAUUCCUGCUGUCCGUGCGACCUCACCGCCCGAUCCAAAGACUCGAAUAAGAGCACUCCCAAAUCGGGUACCGUAAAGUGCUGUAGACCACCAGGUAUUUAUGUAUUAGGAGAAGCCUAG